GAGAUCAGGUAAGCAGUGAGGCGCUCUCCCCGCCGCUAGAGGGCGACAGCGGAGCUAUUGAGCGCAUUUUAAAUAGUCAGACCGGCAGCUCUCAAAUGCGUAGCAUGAGGAAGAAUUUAUUAAGAGUUCUGGGGGAGAGCUGGAAGAGUUACAGGCACAGAUUCGUUCCCUGGAUUGCUUUAAAUCUGGGUAAAAAUGAAAGGACAUUGCGCCAGGUCAAACACCUGGACGAAGACAAGCGGUUGGACGAUGACCGAGUCAUCUCUUUCCUCCUGAAUCUUUUUACCGAGCUGCUUAGAAACGACGCGAGCAAUCAAACUGAACAGCUUCGCCUGCUCCGGUCUUCCUCGCGAGAUUACUACAUUACCCACAAUGCUGCAGUGCGAAGUCCGGAAGUGUCACCUUGCGAGAUUAUGCUGCACACACUGGGCUUCUGUGUGGAGAAAAUGGCCAGCUCGCUUCCAGCUGCGGGAAUAGGGGUGUUUGUUUCCCGGGGCCAGGUCCCUAAAGGUGUACCUGUAGCCAUGUAUCCAGGGACCAUCUAUCAGGCAGACGAGCCAAUUCUUUUCCAGUCCAUUCGAAACCCAUUUAUAUUCCGAUGCAUCGAUGGCGUUUUGAUCGAUGGCAAUGAUAGAGGGCUCUCCAGGCUAGUUUUUAGGUCAUGCAGUGGACGGGACCAGCUCGGCCCAUUUCAUUUGUGUGACCACUCCUGGUUGACGCCCCGUCCAGAAAACCCUCUUGCCGUGGGACAGUAUGUCAACAACUGCUCUAAGGAGAAGGCUGCUAAUGUCUGUUAUCAGGAAUUUGAUGUGCCUGAGGAUUUCCCCAUAGAGCUUCAUCAAUAUCUUCCUAAUGUUAAUUACAGACCUAACAUGCAAAGGAGGCUGCGCUGCAUUGUUCUGGUGUCGUUAAGAGAUAUUAACAAGGGGGAGGAACUUUUCUCCAAUUACUACACCAUAGUGCACGAUUCUUAACAUGAAAACAUGACAUUUGCCCACAACUUGUUUCAUAGUAAAGGUUUUUCUUAUAUUUUAAAA